UCGCCCCAAGCAAGACGUGUGCGCGCGUGCCGCUUGCUCAAAACUAAAAAACUAACUUACGUUAACAAAUAACAAACUGUUUAUUUAUAAAAUCUGAUAAUCUGUGUGUGUGUGUGUGUGUGUGCAGUGCUAAUAAAUCGAAACGUUUAAACAUAAAGUGAACAAGUGUCUGAGCCUAGAGUUUCGACAGCACGAACAAUUGUUCGAUGUUUGCCUAAAAGGACGUGCAACAUAUGAUGAGCCUGACUGUGCUCUCGCUGCCGCAACGUUACAAACGCCUACUGCAAGCCAUGAGUCUCGCCGUUGCUGUCGUCUAUAUGACGCUGCUGCUCUACCAGAGCGCCUACGGAUAUCCGGGCAUCCAACUGCCACCUCAGCUGGAUGCUGAAGUUGCCACCUCACAGCCGAGACGCCUGGAGCAGCCAACGCCUACGCUAACACAGCCUGUGGGCGUGGGCGUGGCAGCGCCCAUAACGCCCUCGCUGAUCAUACGCAAGGACAUACACAGCUUCAACUUUAGCGACAUUGAGGUGAGCGAGCGACCCGCUGCCACGCUGCUGACUGAGCUGGCGAUCAUCGCAAGUCGCUAUGACGUAAAGUGGUACGAGAACCCUUGUUUUGUGCUGCGGAUGAUCCUUUUCAAGCUGAGCUCAUAUCGUGAGGUAGGCACACAGCGGGUGCUUCGAAUUUGGGGUCACGCUGGACCGCCCAGGAUGAGCGAGGGUCACACAAAGGGCCAUCUCAUUAAUACAAAAUGCUCGCAGGGCCAUUUUCGCAAGGCGCUGUGUUGCAAGAUGAGCGCCGAGCUGGACGUUUUUCUGCAGAGCGGCAAGAAGUGGUUCUGUCAUUUCGAUGAUGACAACUAUGUCAAUGUGCCGCGUUUGGUCAAGCUGCUGGAUGAGUACAGCCCCAGUGUGGACUGGUAUUUGGGCAAGCCCAGCAUAUCCUCGCCGCUGGAAAUUCAUUUGGACAACAAGAACGCCACAACGAACAAGAAGAUUACCUUCUGGUUUGCCACUGGCGGCGCUGGCUUCUGCCUGAGCCGCGCUCUAACCUUGAAGAUGCUGCCCAUAGCAGGUGGUGGCAAGUUCAUCAGCAUUGGCGAUAAGAUACGCUUCCCGGAUGAUGUCACCAUGGGCUUCAUCAUAGAGCAUUUGCUUAAGGUGCCGCUCACUGUGGUGGACAAUUUCCAUUCGCAUUUGGAGCCCAUGGAGUUUAUACGCUCGGAUACGUUUCAGGAUCAGGUGUCCUUUAGCUAUGCGCAUAUGAAAAACCAAUGGAAUGUUAUCAAAGUGGAUGGCUUCGAUCUCAAAACUGAUCCCAAGCGCUUCUAUUCGCUGCACUGUCAACUCUUUCCCUACUUCAGCUUCUGCCCGCCCAGAUAGACCCACCAAGCUGGGCGUGGCGCACGCUUGUCGCUGCUAUUGUUGAUUCUGAAUCCCAAGCUGAGGCAAAAAAAACAAAUCUCGCCGCUGUGAUUUAUAAUUUAAGUAUAACGGUAAACAUAUUGGUUCUUUUGUAUAUAAGAAAAGUAAAGUUGUGCUUCCUAGACAGUACUUGCCUUCCAAAUAAAACAACAACAAUUAAAUAUUUAAGUUAG